CCUUAGGAGUUUCGUAAUGCAGAAGGGGAAAAAGGCAUCAGACGUCUGGCAGUGGUGGCAUGAGAGCGGUCUUGCUAUGUAAUAUUCCCGCCAGUGCCACCGUCGUGAGUGUGAGAAGUGGCUUAUCUCUGUACAGUGCCACGCCUACGUGGUAUUGAUUUGUGAGGGCGAUGCUGCGAGUGUUGGCGGUGGUUGUGGUGGCGGCGGCAAGUGGGAUGCUGGCGGUGAUGGUGGUGGACGCCAAGCCUACCAAGGGUCCGCAUUUCGACUCCUCCAUCAAGGACUUCGACAACGAGCGGACGUGUUGGACGGGCGAGGCGUGCAAGAUGGAGUUCCAGUCGGAGUUUCGGUGUCGGUGUCCCCACUGGUCCUGGUGCCGCAGCCCGGGCCGCUACUACCACGCCUACUGCUCCAUGUCUGCCCUGGGAUACAUUUGGGUGCAGCAGGGAGGGCCGCUACCUGAGGACGCCCUGUAUGAGUAGUGAGGGUCUGCGCCUCCUGGCUGACUGACUGAGACAUGUACUGCUUGGACGGUCUCUGUUCCACAAUCAUCGUUGUCAUGUACAUAGUUUGCUUUCGCAUAUCAAGUUGUUACAUUAAGAAUUAAACGUCUUGUAAUCUCUCGA